CCGCCACGCUUCGUUUGACCCACAUUCAACUUAAUGGUCCACAGUUUCCUGAAACAGAAUCCGGGCAGAAACCGCUCCGCCGAACUCCGUUUAAAUUUCGGCCGAUUUAAACUUUCCUUCCUGUCGUCGCUUUUAAGACGAACGGACACGACAGAAAAACAACCGGAACCGACCACAGGAUGGGUGACGGGACGAAGACUCAGCUGGUGAGCGCCAUCCACCUGCAGGAGGUGGAGCUGCAGGAGAAGCCUGCAGGCAAGCAGCAGGGCAGCGAGAGCGACAAGGCUGAUCAGACAUUUACAGUUGAAGACGCCGUAGAAACGAUCGGUUUUGGACGAUUUCACAUCCUGCUGUUUGUCAUCAUGGGCAGCUCUAAUAUCGUGGAGGCGAUGGAGAUCAUGCUCUUAGCCGUCGUGUCUCCAGAGAUUCGCUGUGAGUGGCGUCUGGAUGAUUGGCAGGUCGCUCUCGUCUCCACGAUGGUGUUUCUGGGCUUCAUGGUGUGUGGAGUUCUGGGAGGAUACGUAGCCGACAGAUAUGGACGCUGGAAGGUUGUGUGUGGAGGCUUCAUCUGGAGCGCCUACUUCUCUCUCCUCACGUCGUUCGCUCCGUCCUACGGUUGGUUCAUCUUCCUGCGCAGCAUGGUCGGCUGUGGUGUCGCCGGAGUGUCACAGGGGUUCGUGUUGAAGACGGAGUUCAUCCCGGCGAAGCAUCGAGCGUUUCUGCUGCCGCUGGCGACGAUCUUCUGGAUGACCGGCUCCAUGCUCAUCAUCAUACUGGGGAUGUUGGUGGUUCCAACUCUGGGAUGGAGGUGGAUGAUCCGCAUCUCCGUCACCCCAAGUGUCGUCCUCAUCUUCCUCUUCAAGUUUAUUCCGGAGUCGGCUCGCUACAACGUCUCAGCCGGAAACGUGGAUGCUGCCGUUCAGACGCUGCAGCAAAUCGCCAGAAUGAACCGGUCAUCUCUUCCUGCUGGACGUCUGGUGGAACCUGCAGUGACGGAACGAGGCAGCUGGAGGAUUCUGCUCAACUCGUCCUUCAGGAGAACGUCUAUCCUGCUCUGGUACUCCUGGUUUGUGGCCUCCUUCUCCUACUACGGUUCAGUUCUGAGCAGUUCUGAGCUGCUGGAGAAGAACCUGCUCUGCGUGACGAAUCCGGACCGAGAGCAUCAGGUGAAGCACCGCCAUGAGGACGGACUGUGUUACUGCAUCCCCUUCGCCUUCGAUGACUACCAGACGCUGCUCAUCAGCUGCCUGGGGGAGAUCGCUCUGGUUCCUUUAAACAUCGGGUUACUCAACGUCUUUGGACGGAAGAUGAGUCUGACGGUUCUGCAGCUGAUGGCGGCCAUUUUCUUCAUGUUGGUCAACAUCUGCACGACCAUGUUUGGCUUCACGGUUCUGCUGUUUCUGCUGCGUUCUUUGGUCUCCAUGAACUUUAAUGUGGUUUAUAUUUACACAGCUGAGGUGUAUCCCACCGCAGCCCGAUCUCUGGGGAUGGGUUUCUGUACGUCGUUCAGUCGGAUCGGAGGAAUGAUCGCUCCGUUCAUCGCUCAGGUGCUGAUGUCCCGGUCGGUGUUUCUGGCGCUCAGUCCGUUCUCGGUGGCCUGUCUUCUCUGCGCUCUGGGAAACUUCCUGCUGCCGAUAGAAACUCGAGGUCGAGCUCUGCUGCAAAGCUCCUGAUGAAGCCGCUGAACAGCAAGUCAUUUUAUGUUACAUGUAAAUAUAUUAAAUAUGUUGUUGACCUCA